AUGGGCUGUGUUCAGGCUAAGCCAUUGGAAGCUUCAGAUUACAAUGGCCUAGAGAGGUUGAAAUUGGAUAAUGGGUAUGUUAAAAGUGAUGACUUUGUUGCUCAUAGAAGAUCCACUGGUCGAAGACAUGAACCUGUGGAGUCUCACAGAGAACCCACAAAGCAUAAAGUUGAGUCUCGUGUUGGCAAUGGCGAAAGGCAAGGACUUGAAUUGGUUGGGGGUCAUAAGGAGGUGUUGGUUAGUAAGACGAGAGAUGCUGAUGUACAUGAGAGUAAGAAGUUGCCAAAAAAGUGUUUUGAGGAUGAUAUGGUUGAUGGGUGGCCCAGAUGGUUAGUUGAUAAUGUUCCUAGACAAGUUUUGGCUGACUUGGUUCCCAAGAGUGCUGAAUCAUACAAAAUGAUAGAUAAGGUAGGGCAAGGAACCUACAGCAAUGUUUACAAAGCUCUAGAUCGAGACACGGGAGAAAUUGUGGCCCUCAAGAAGGUCCGCUUCAAUACAUCAGAGCCUGAGAGUAUUAAAUUUAUGGCAAGGGAAAUUAUGAUACUACAGAAUUUGGAUCAUCCCAAUGUAAUUAAACUGAAAGGAUUAGCCACUUCAAGAAUGCAGUACAGUAUAUAUCUAGUUUUUGACUUCAUGCAAACAGAUUUGGCAAGAAUUAUUGCUCCUAAAGAAGAGAGACUUACUGAACCCCAGGUCAAGUGCUAUAUGCAUCAAUUGCUUUCAGGUCUGCAGCAUUGCCAUGAUAGGGGAAUUUUGCAUCGAGAUAUAAAAGGGUCAAACCUUUUGAUUGAUAAAAAUGGGAUGCUUAAGAUUGGAGAUUUUGGGCUUGCCAAUUAUUAUAGUCCAAAUCAUAACCAGCCUCUCACAAGCCGGGUUGUGACACUAUGGUACAGAGCUCCUGAGUUGCUAUUAGGUGCCACAGAUUAUGGAGUUGGCAUUGAUUUAUGGAGUGCUGGAUGUCUCCUGGCAGAAAUGUUUACAGGAAUUCCAAUAAUGCCUGGCAGAACAGAGGUUGAGCAACUUCAUAGAAUUUUCAGGCUAUGUGGCACACCAUCAGAGGAGUAUUGGAGAAAAUUCAGACUUUCUACAACUUCUAGACCUCCAAAGUCUUAUAGACCCAGCCUUGUUGAAACUUUCAGGGAUCUCCCUCCAUCUUCUUUGGGUCUUUUAUGUACUCUACUUGCUUUGGAUCCUGCAUUCCGUGGCAGUGCAUCUAAAGCUCUUAAAAAUCAAUUUUUCUUUACAAGCCCGUUGGCAUGUGAGCUUUCUGGUCUGCCUGUAAUCUACAGCGAAGAUGAUAAGCUUCUUCAAGCCAACGAACAGAUCAAGUACAUGAACUCUAAAAUCAGGCGUUCUCGUACAUAUCUGGAGCGCCGUAAGAAUUUAGCAUCUAAGAGGCCAAUAGAACAUACUGUAUCUUCUAAAGAGGAAUUGAGAAGGAAUGCUGAGCCUGAAACUUAUGUUCUAAAUGAAGAACUGGAAAGCACAACAACAAGCAGUACCUCAUCUAGUGUAAACCAAGCUGGGGCUAAAGACCACUCACCUUUCUUUUCCUCUCCACUUUUGUCUUCAGAUCAAAAGUUGUCUCCCAAAUUCCAUCACCAUGCUAAUGUUGGUGAAAAAAACAUCAAGAACCUUCCUCAAUUACCCAAGUCAAAACCAAAUGCAACCAAGAAAUAUGACAGCAGAUACAGACCAGACCAGGUUUUCAGGUCUGCUUCCACCAGAGAAUUUAGGAACUCAAAACGGGAGGAACAUUUACUCUUUGAAAUUGAUGAUUAG